CGCCCCUGCAACCGCGCGCGGCGGCGGGCGCGGGGAUGGGCCGCUGCGGGAUUGGCGCGGGUGGUGACGUAAGCGCAGGCUGCAGUCGCACCGUGGCCGUAAAGCGCGGACACCCGCGCGCCGGCCGGAGCCGACUGAGAAGUGGAUGUUAAGUAGCCACUAAACGUGUAUAGGCUGCUCCUUGAUAGAACUGAUAGACACCUGUCAGGAUGUUUCUGCGCUUGCUGUCAGAUGGGCGGUGGUGGACAGCCAGCUCAAGGUGGAGAAAUAUGGCCAGCUCUCGGAACAGUGCCACAAGUGCAACAGAGCCUCACUUGAUCUCCCUGCCAGCACAGGCACAAGUGGUAGUCUGUGGCGGUGGAAUCAUGGGCACAUCAGUGGCAUAUCACCUUGCCAAGUUAGGCUGGAAGGACAUAGUCUUACUGGAGCAAGGCAGGCUGGCUGCUGGUACCACUCGAUUUUGUGCUGGCAUUGUGAGCACUGCCAGGCAUGUGUCCAUAGAGCUUAAGAUGGCUGACUAUUCAAGCAAGUUGUAUCAGCAAUUAGAACAAGAGACAGGAAUAAAAACAGGGUAUAUGAAGACCAGCUCUAUUUCACUGGCUCAGACUCAGGACCGACUGAUCUCCCUGAAACGCAUUGCUUCAACACACAAGGUAAUGGGGAUACCUUGUGAAAUCAUCACCCCAAAGCAAGUGGCACAACUACACCCACUAAUUAACAUUCACGACCUUGUGGGGGCUUUAUAUAUGCCAGAGGAUGCAGUUGUAUCAUCUGCCGAUGUGAGCCUUGCUCUGGCAAAUGCUGCCUCUCGGAAUGGUGUCCAGAUCCAUGACAGGACAAGUGUCAGUCAUGUCUUGGUCCAGAAGGGACAUGUGACUGGAGUUGAGACUGACAGAGGGCAGAUUCAAUGCGAGUAUUUUGUCAACUGCGCUGGCCAGUGGGCCUAUGAGCUGGGUCUUUCCAGUGAGGAACCAGUCAGUAUCCCACUGCAUGCCUGUGAACAUUUUUACCUCCUGACGCAUCCCUUGAAGAAACCUCUAGAGAGCAGCACACCAACCAUUGUGGACUUAGAUGGUAGGAUCUACAUUCGCAAUUGGCAAGGUGGCAUCCUCUCUGGGGGCUUUGAGAAGAACCCCAAGCCCAUCUUUACUGAGGGCCGGAACCAGUUGGAGAUUCAGAACCUGCAUGAAGACUGGGAUCACUUUGAGCCACUGCUGAGUGCCCUUCUCCGUAGAAUGCCAGGCUUGGAGGCUCUGGAAAUAAUGCAAUUAGUGAAUUGCCCAGAAUCCUUCACACCAGACAUGCGGUGCAUCAUGGGAGAGUCACCCACUGUACAAGGCUAUUUUGUCCUGGCUGGGAUGAAUUCUGCUGGAAUCUCUUAUGGUGGGGGAGCAGGCAAAUAUUUGGCUGAGUGGAUGGUAAAUGGGUAUCCAUCAGAAAAUGUGUGGCCCCUAGACCUAAAGCGUUUUGGUGCCCUUCAGAGCAGUCGCACCUUCCUCCGUCACCGUGUCAUGGAAGUUAUGCCCCUCAUCUGUGAUUUGAAGGUUCCCCGUUGGGAUUUCCAGACUGGCAGGCAGCUACGUACAUCCCCUCUGUAUGAUCGCCUGGAUGCUCAGGGAGCUAGAUGGAUGGAGAAACAUGGAUUUGAGAGACCGAAGUAUUUUGUCCCACCUGGGAAAGAUCUACUGGCUUUGGAUCAGAGCAAGACCUUUUACAAGCCAGAUUGGUUUGAUAUUGUGGGCUCUGAGGUCAAGUGCAGCAAAGAGGCUGUCUGUGUCAUUGACAUGUCAUCUUUUACCAAGUUUGAAAUAAGUUCCACAGGGGGUCAGGCGCUGGAGGUUCUUCAGUACCUUUUCUCGAAUGACCUGGAUGUUCCAGUUGGACAUAUCGUGCACACAGGCAUGCUAAAUGAGAAAGGAGGUUAUGAGAAUGACUGCAGUAUUGUACGCUUAAACAAACGCAGCUUCUUCAUGAUUUCCCCUACUGACCAGCAAGUACAUUGCUGGACGUGGCUGAAGAAGCACAUGCCCAGUGACAGUAAUCUGUUGCUGGAGGAUGUAACCUGGAAGUAUACUGCUCUCAAUCUCAUUGGCCCUCGGGCUGUGGAUGUCCUGUCCGAAUUGUCCUAUGUCCCAAUGACUCCAGAACACUUCCCCUCUCUCUUUUGCAAGGAGAUGAGUGUGGGAUAUGCUAAUGGUAUCCGUGUGAUGAGCAUGACGCACACAGGGGAACCUGGAUUCAUGUUAUACAUCCCUAUAGAGUAUGCGCUGCAUGUGUACAAUGAGGUGAUGAGCGUGGGACAGAAGUAUGGCAUCCGGAAUGCUGGCUAUUAUGCACUCCGCAGCUUACGCAUCGAAAAGUUCUUUGCAUUCUGGGGCCAGGAUCUGGAUGCCUUCACAACUCCCAUGGAAUGUGGGCGAGAAUUCCGCGUCAAACUGGAGAAGGGUACUGACUUCAUUGGUCGGGAUGCACUGAUGCAGCAGAAGCAAAAUGGUGUGUAUAAGCGCUUCACCAUGUUCAUCCUUGAGGAUCAUGACACGGACUUGGACCUCUGGCCUUGGUGGGGGGAACCCAUUUACCGCAAUGGUUGCUAUGUAGCUCCCUCUUCACACAGCGACGUCGGAAGGAUGAGAUGGAACUGAGCAGCUACCAGGGAAAGUAACAACAUCUGGUUAUGUGCCUCUGAAGCUUGUCACCAUUCUCCUCCGAUUUCUGCUCCUUAUACCUUUUUACCCAUAUGGCUCUUCCUCCUUUUGUCUUUCAGGUUUUAAACCUUUUGGAAAUGUUUAAAUUUUGUAUAUUUUAUAGCUUAAAUUUUCACUUUCCCACCCCCGCAAUCUUUAAUCCUUCCUAUGUCAUGCUCCUGCAUAACCCUGUGGCAGAAGCGUGGCAUUGUGUUUCAUCCAAGAGGCCAUAUGGAGUACGUCAGAAAGCUCACAGGGGAGUAAGCAACUUGAAAGGCCAUAUUCCAAUGGCCAUACUCUUUGGAUACUCUUCAAAUCCAGAAUGUCAGAUGUGUGCUGGCCUGUAAUUCUGGCUUCUUUUGUCCCCUUUGGCUGAACUCUUAUGUGACUAGACUCACAGAUUACAGUGGAGUUGCCAAACCUUUCAUAAUGUGCACACAGGGCCUGUCUUGGGAGUGCUUAUUAACUGCUUGGUUCCACUGAGAUCCUGCUGACAAUUCUCUUGUUUCAGAGAGGUCAGUUUAUUGUUUCAAAGGGGUCAGCAAUAGAGUGAUCAGCUACCUCACUGGCAUAAAACGCAACCACAGCAUAAUGUGAGCAGCAGUGAAGUGACCAGUUUUGCUGGGUUCCAGCUGGUCCUGCCCCUCACUUGUCAUCCAUCCCGGCAGGGCUGUGGGGCCCCGGGGUCGGAUCAUCCUCUUCCCCACAAGGGAGUGACUUUAACGGUUUUGGUCAUCAGGCUACUGAAAUAACAAAAUUGGUUUUGAUAAGUUUCCCCCCACCCCCUUGGUUUGGGACACUGAAAAGGAUUGACUUUUUCUGGGCAAGUGAAGAUCAGUAUGUUUGCUCUACCAAGAGGCAGGCCUAUUUUGUUUCGUUUAUUUGGUUUUAAAAAAAAAGUCUACCUCCAACAAAGAUAGACACCAGAUUCUUUGCUAUUCACAAUAGUGUUUUUUCGUUCUCUGGUUUUGCUCUCUGACUGCUGCAGCAUACUUCACUGAUUUAUGCAAUAAGCACGAGUUUUUGAGAUCUCCAGUGGUUUGUGAAAUUAAAGCAAAGAAAAGGAAGGAGUCUUGCAUUUUCAGCUAGUGGGGAGGGGGUCAGCCAGCAGCAGCACGUUGCCAGUCACUUUAAAAUUAGAUGGGGAGGACAUAAGAUUGGUCCUUGGAAUUUAUGCUUGGAGCACUGCACAGGCAACACUGUACUUCUGACUGGAGGAAGGGUCUAUCUCCAACUUCCUCUGACCCAGGAAGAAUUGUUUCCUGUCUCUCAUCAAAUCUAUACAUUUCUGUCUUUCUUCUCAUAAUAAUAAUUCAGCUGAAAGUUGUGGGCUCAUAUGCCAGGCCCAGAGGUUUUAAAAGAAAAUGUAAUCUUCAAAUUGAUCGGCACCAGCAAAACACAGCACAGACACUCACAUGGACAUAACAGAUUCUGGAAGUGGUAUCCAAGCACUCAGAACCUAACAGGCUUGCAUUGAUUAUGAAGAACUAAGAUAGAAUGGCGAGAAAAGGGAUGAAGGAUGUUAAACUGUAUUGGGAUUCAUGAUGAAAAGAAGAGGCAGUCUAGCCUGGAGGCGGGACUUCAGUUUACUUCCUGUGAAUAUCUGUUUCCUUUCCCCCAAGGAAGCCCUCUGGGCUGAACCUGUCAAAUUUUUAAAUAGUAUUUGGGUUUCCUUCAGAAUAAUAUUAUUUUAUUUAUAACACAUUUCCUUCUUUCAGGAUUCCAGAGUGUUUUUAAGCUUACUUACAGGAAUAAAUUGUCUAAAGUUUAUACUUCAGACACCUCAUGAGUAUAAUAUAAAUGGCUGUUUGACAGGUCACAGCAAAUAGUAAGGUACAAAACAGGUAGAAUACUGCAUCUGAUUAAUACAAUUUACGUAAUUUGUCCAGUAAUAUUGGUUGUGAAGUUUGAACAUACUGGGAUUUGCUCUGUAUUUCAUCUAAAAGUUUCACAAGGUUUCUAUAGCAAAUGAUCAGAAUCUUUGUUUCACAGCCCCUCCAGUGGCAUAAUAAAUGCAUACAGAGUGGUGUUCAGAACUGCUAUAGAGGACUGUCACCUUAUGAAUCACCAGUGUUAUGUUCUGUAGAAUGCUUAACUCUCUUUGGAGGUCUCCCACUGAAAUAACGCUCAGUCCUGACUUGUUUCAGUUCGAUAACCAUACUGUUGACUGAUGAGCCAGGAUGAAGUUUUACCACUUGGCACCCUGCAAUACUCAGAGAAAAGUCUUAAAAACUUUCCUCUUAUUUAGCACAAAGACACUUUGUGUGUGGGAAUGCAUCAGCCAUUCUGUGCAAGAGGGACAGUGUAAAAUAUUGUACACAAUAAGGGAGAACUGAAUUAGCAGAGUAUAACUACCCAAGUCGGUGUUUGGUCAGAACACCGUUCAGCUGCUUAUCUGGAGUGACAAGGCAACACUUUAACGUAACCAUAACGAAAGAGUAGUGGACGAUUGAAAACAAACUCCUAACCAAGGCUAACCUCACCUAAAUCAGUGGAAAAUUACUCUUGAAAAAGUCAGAAUAAAACUUCACUGGUGUAAAUUACAUCUGCUUUAGGUGUUUCCUGUCUGCAUCCAUACUGAAGUAGCUGUUUGCUUAAGUAGUGAGUGUUAUCACACCUUACUAUGUACAUCUACCCUUGGAUAGUUGCAUAUCCAUCCAUUCCGGAUCCUGAUGUACAUCAGUAUAAAAAACAGAUGUAAAUUAUGCCAGGGUAUGUGUUCAUCAUUCUGUGCCCAUGACAAAACCUGGUUCAGACUACAGCUAAAACCAGUAGCUUAGUAGUACUGUGCCCUCAUUGCUUUGCCAUUCUUUUUAAGCAGUAUUUUAAUUUUAAUCCUGUUUUUCCCCUUUCAUAAGUACAGUUCUCUGGCCCUAUAGAAUCUCUGUGGGAAAACAUUUUAAAUAAGAUAUGGCUUCCAUAGCCCCAGACAGGACAGUAUCUAUAAACCUGUCUAUUAAAAAAAGUGACUUGUGACCUAACCCUCUUCAAGAGUUCAUUUCCACAAUACUCCAAAUCCGCUUAAUCUGACAGUACCAGCAUAAAGGAAUAAAAUACUUUGUAAUGGUAUCCCACAAAUAUAAUUCUGUCUGGGUUGCUCUGUUCUUGCUGAGAUUGCUGAGGUUAAGUGUUAAAUUCUUACUAUUUUGAUCCUAGAAGUGAGAUAUGGUUUAGCCUGUAAUACUAGCUCUGGCUUCCUCUCUCAUUACCAAUUCUCUCCUUUCUUUACCUCCCCAACUCUUUAGAUACUGUUCAAAUCUAGUUUGGUUUUUUUCUUGAUAGAUAUUUGUCUUUUGUGCUGCUGCUGAUUAAUUUGACUUUGGCAACUUGAAUCCCAGCCAGAGAGACAGUGGAUUUUAAACUACACAACCAGGCACUGAGGUCAAAGACUGAAGUUGUGGCUUUUCCAUAAUGUUUUAAUAUCCUUAAAGGGAAAUGGCUGUUUUGUUUGUUUGUUUGUUUGUUUGAUUCAUAUGUAAUCAUUCUAAUCUCUGUAUUAAUAACAAAAGAUAAAUUACUAAAGGAUUUUAAAAGUUGUUUUUGGGACUUGUGCAUGAUCCAUUCCUAAAACUCUUAAUGGAAAAAUAAUCUGAAGUGUGGAAACUGCAGCAGCUUUUGCAUUUCCAACUAUUGCCUUUGGGCAGACUUAGUAUUUGUAAAUGAUUUGUUGACCCCCACUCCAGCCAGCUCUUUUCCAGAUCCCUUUAUUGGUCUCUUUCUGCAUUGAGCUUAAACUCUUUAGUUUCAAGAGUCUAGAUCGCUCUUGCCAAUACCUAUAACUCAGCCUUUAUCUUUUUCUAAUCCCUCUUCCUCAUUCCCAUGAUUUUUGCUUAAUCCUUCUGGACUCCACGUCUAUUUUCAUGCUACCCAUAGUCCAUCUGGGCCCUGCAAUCUGUUACCUAUCUUGGCUUGCCUUCCAUUCGUCUAUCUGUUUAUGCUUUGCAUUAAUUACUGUGUUCUCAGGGAAUCGUAUCACCCUUGUCCAUUUCUCCCUCCUCAACCUGUUGUCAGUUCUAGUAAACAAAUGGCAAGUUCUCUGGUCAAGGAGUACUGCUUCUGGGGUUUUUUGUAAAGCUACCUGAAGAAUUACUUUGCAGGACACAUGCUGAAUUGUAAUGAUGAACGCAGACAGAAUUAGGACAGCGUUAUCCAGGAGACGAGAACAAGCAUAAUCUCCUGAUACCAUUUUUUUUUUUUUUUUCCUACCAACUCGUAUUUAAAAAAAAAAAAGAAGAGGGAAAA